AUGCGGAUCCCACAAGUGCCCUGGCCGCUGGUCUGGGCCGUGCUGCAGCUGGGCUGGCGGCCAGGAUGGCUCCUAGGCCUCCCAGACGGGCCUGGGAGCCCCCUCACCUUCUGCCCGGCCCGGCUGGCCGUGCCCGAGGGGGACAAUGCCACCUUCACCUGCAGCUUCCACAACACGUCCGAGCACCUGGUGCUCAACUGGUACCGCAUCAGCCCCGGCAACCAGACAGACAAGCUGGCCACCUUCCCCGAGGACCACCGCCUGCCCCACCGGGACGGCCGCUUCCGUGUCACGCCACUGCCCAACGGGCGCGACUUCCACAUGAGCAUCCUCGCCGCCCAGCGCAACGACAGCGGCAUCUACUUCUGUGGGGCCAUCCCCAAGGCGCAGAUCACAGAGAGCCCCCGCGCGGAGCUCAUGGUGACAGAGAGAGCUGUAGAACCCACAGCACAGCCCAGCCCCUCGCCCGGGCCAGCUGGCAAGUUCCAAGGCCUGGUGGUUGGCAUCUCGAGUGUCCUGGUGGGCGUCCUGGUGUUGCUGUUGCUGGCCUGGGUCCUGGCCACCUGCUCCAGGACCACAAGAGCGUCCAGAGGAGCCAGACCUGAGGACCAGUCCCUGAAGGAGGACCCCUCCGUCGUGCCAGUGUUCACCGUGGACUACGGGGAACUGGACUUCCAGUGGCGAGAGAAGACCCCGGAACCCCCUGUCCCCUGUCUCCCUGAGCAGACCGAAUACGCCACCAUAAUCUUCCCCAAUGGCCUCGACACCUCAUAUCUGGGCCGCAGGGGCUCAGCCGAUGGCCCUCGGGGUCCCCGGCCUCUGAGGCCUGAGGAUGGACACUGCUCUUGGCCCCUCUGA